AUGGCGGACGCGGUGCUGCGCCGGCUCCUGAGGCUGCACCGCACGGAGAUCGCGGUGGCGGUGGACAGCGCCUUCCCCCUGCUGCACGCGCUGGCCGACCACGACGUGGUCCCCGAGGACAAGUUCCAGCCAAAGGAAUGGCCUCCAGGACGCUUCCUUACCCCCACCCUCAACACCCUGAGCUACCACCUGACCCCACCACAAGCUGAGGAGAUGGACGUGGAGGAGACGCUUCGUCUGAAGGAGAAGGAGGGCUGCCCUCAGGCCUUCCACGCCCUCCUGUCCUGGCUGCUGACCCAGGACUCCGCAGCCAUCCUGGACUUCUGGAAGGUUCUGUUCAAGGACUACAACCUGCAGCGCUACGGCCGGCUGCAGCCCAUCCUCGACAGCUUCCCCCAGAGAGCUGCAGAUGUGGACCUCAGCCAGCCCCGGAAGGGGAGGAAGCCCCCGGCCAUCCCCAAGGCUUUGGUGCCACCACCCAGGCUCCCCACCAAGAGGAAGGCCUCAGAAGAGGCUCGAGCUGCCACGCCAGCAGCCCUGACUCCAAGGGCCACCUCCAGCCCAGGAUCUCAACUGAAGGCCAAGCCCCCCAGGAAGCCGGAGAGCAGCGCAGAGCAGCAGCGCCUUCCGCUUGGGAAUGGGAUUCAGACCAUGUCAGCUUCAGUCCAGAGAGCUGUGACCGUGUCCUCUGGGGACGUCCCGGGAGCCCGAGGGGCCGUGGAGGGGAUCCUCAUCCAGCAGGUGUUUGAGUCAGGGAGCUCCAAGAAGUGCAUCCAGGUCGGGGGAGAGUUUUACACUCCCAGCAAGUUCGAAGAUCCCGGUGGUGGGAAGAGCAAGGCCCGCAGUAGCGGUGGCCUGAAGCCUCUGGUUCGACCCAAGGGAGCCCAGGGCGCUACCCCCGGUGGAGGUGAGCCUAGGCUGGGCCAGCAGGGCAGGGCUCCCGCCCCUCCGGUCCUCCCCGGUGACCCCCAGCCCCACCAGAAGAACGAGGACGAGUGUGCCGUGUGCCGGGACGGCGGGGAGCUCAUCUGCUGUGACGGCUGCCCUCGAGCCUUCCACCUGGCCUGCCUGACCCCGCCACUCCGGGAGAUCCCCAGUGGGACCUGGAGGUGCUCCAGCUGCCUGCAGGCGACAGUCUCUGAGAUGCGGCCCCGGGGAGAGGAGCCCCGGCCCCAGGAGCCACCCGUGGAGACCGCGCUCCCCCUGGGGCAGAGGUCAGCGGGAGAGGAGUUGAGGGGUCCACCCGGGGAGCCCCCAGCCAGCAUGGACACGUCUCUCAUCUACAAGCACCUGCCAGCCCUGCCUCCCGCAGCCCCCCUGCCAGGGCUGGACCCCUCGGCCCUUCACCCCCUACUGUGUGUGAGCCCUGAGGGGCAGCAGCAUCCGGCUCCCGGUGCGCGGUGCGGGGUGUGUGGAGAUGGCACAGACACACUGCGGUGUGCUCACUGCGCUGCUGCCUUCCACUGGCGCUGCCACUUCCCGGCAGGCGCCCCCCGGGCAGGGACAGGCCUUCGCUGCAGAUCCUGCUCAGGAGACCUGACACCGGCCCCUGUGGAGGGGGCACCGGCCCCCAGCCCCGCCCACCUGGGCCCCGGGCCCACCAAGGACGACACUGACAGUCAGGAGCCCACUCUGCACAGGGAUGACCUGGAGUCCCUCUUGAGCGAGCACGCCUUCGACGGCAUCCUGCAGUGGGCCAUCCAGAGCAUGGCCCGCCCACUGGCGGAGGCGGCCCCCUUCCCCUCCUGACCCCGGACGGCCAGGAUAGCCAGCGGCCUGGAGCUGCCCUCCCUCCCACCGGGCAGCAGACGGCGCUGAGCUCCCCCUCACACCACGCAGCUCUGAUCAGAGGGCGCCGAGAAGGACACCUCCUCCCUUAGCCCUGAAGCCCUGAAGCUGGGACCAACAAGAAGGGGCGGCACCUCGUCUUGUCCUCAGCUGCAGACACAGCCCUGUGUUGUGGGGACCGCAGCCAUCACGCCUGGAAAUUAAAACCUGUGGUUUCGA